AAGGCGGCUCAUCUGGUCACUAUGUAUGCUACGAGCGUGAACUGGUUAGAAUAAACGUUGAUAAACGUGAACGUUCGAAAGACUGUGUUUUCUAUACAAGAAUCUUCCAGUAACCCAUAACAAAAAUGGGUGAACUCGUUUGGGGAAUAAAAAAUGGUGAUUUGGAGCAAGUGCGGGAUAUCGUUGAAAAUAAGGAUAUUGACGUUAAUCAAAUGAUUGAUGGAAGAACACCACUGCACUAUGCAGCCGAUUAUGGUCAAAGUGAAGUGAUCAGAUACCUUUUGGAAAAGGGUGCAAAUGUUAAUGCUACAGACAAGCAUGGUAUAACAACAUUAUUAGCAGCAAUUUGGGAAGGACAUACGAAUUGUGUGAAAUUAUUAUUAGAAAAGGGAGCUAAAUCAGAUGGAUUAACGCCACAUGGAAUCAGUUACUUGGACGCUGCUGAAAAAGAAGAGAUCAAAUGGCUGCUUAAACUUCACUAACAUAAAGCCAAACAGGAUACAGAGCGAUAAUUUUGUUAUUUUAGUAUUUUAAUGUUCCUCAUAGGAGUAUUACAAUUGCUUUGUCUUAAUUUCUUGCAUAUAACUAGACUAUCAUAUUUAUGCACUUUAAAUUAAAAAAAUAUAGAUACACGAAUGUAGUUUUAUAAUAAUAUAUUGCACAUCUGGAGCAUAUAAUCAUGAACUCAUACUCUUACAUGGUUAUUCUUAGGGAUGCAAAGUAUCUAUAAUUUCAGCUUUAAAGUAGUAUAUCAUACAGGUUCUUUUGUAAAACCAACAGGAACAAAUUUAUUUUUAAAGCAUGUAACCACAUAUAGCAAAAAAUAUUUUGAUACAUUCGUAAGAAGCAGCAUCAUAUUUUAAAUAUGUGUUAUUAAUUUAUGUACGUUACGAAUUUUUUUAUACAUUUUUUUAUGAACUACAAUCGAAACAAUAAUUCCGCUUUAUUUUAAUAUUUUUGCGAGAAAGUUAUUAUAAAUAUACAAAAUACUAAAUACUCGAUACGAGAUAUACUUACAUAAUUUAACUAAGUUUCAAGAAAGACAUGUAUAAAUUAUAGAAUGAGUUUAAAGAGCUAUCUUUAUGGUACUAAUUACUUGACAUGUCGUAAGAGGUUUUAAAGGUGUACAAUAAUCAAAAAUAAUAAGCCAAUGCAUCAUUGUUAUGUA